AGUGACAUUCUGUUGAAGAAAGUGGAGCGUAAUCGUGAAGCGACUGACUUGUACAGCACGUGUCAAAAGCACGCGUUAAAAAUCAGAUUGUCAUUGUCUACAAAAAUAUACAUAUGUAAUAACAAAAAUUUAGCUCAACGAGUUAUAGUGACGUCAGACGCAAAAAACCUAAAAAUCUUGAGACAAAAACACAUCUUACCAAUGCCUUCGUCCAACAAGCAUCUCNGAGGCUCAUCGACUCUAUCUGUGCAGAGAAACGUCGGGAUAAACUGUAUGUAACUGAAGACGACAAUCAGCAUUUGAAUAAAGGUGUUGCAAGAAAGGAGCGGUUAAUCUCAGUUGCAACAUUGCCGAAAAUAUUUCAAGUUAGUUUUCUUUCAAGAACAUAAAACAAUAGCAGAAAAAGAUGAUACUCUUAAUAGUAUUUUGGCUGGUCAUCAGCUUAAUUUUCUGGGCUUUAUUUGAUUCCAUAGUGCAAAUUUUGCCUGUUCUGUGGGAAAUUAUUAUGCAGAUAUACAAAAAGAAACCAAUUGAUUUUCGAAAACAAUUUGGUGAAUGGGCAAUUGUAACUGGUUCUACUGAUGGUAUCGGUAAAGCUUAUGCUAAAGAAUUAGCAGCAAAAAACAUGAAUUUGAUUCUAAUUAGCAGAAACUUAGACAAACUAAAUAACACAAAACAAGAAAUAAUGCUAAUAAAUCCAAAGAUUGAAGUGAAGAUCAUAGUUGCUGAUUUUAGUGAAGGAAAAGAUGCUUUUGAUAAGAUUCGUUCUCACUUGCAAGAUAUAGCAGUUGGCAUAUUAGUCAACAACGUGGGUAAAAAUUAUGAAUAUCCCAUGUAUGUUGGAGAAGUUCCGGAAAAAGAUCUGUGGGAUAUUAUCAUGUUGAAUGUAGGUGCGACUACGUUAAUGACGCGAUUGGUUCUCGAGCAGAUGCAAAACCGUGGACGAGGCGCGAUCGUCAAUGUCUCUUCCGGAUCAGAGUUUCAACCGCUACCGUUAAUGACAGUGUACGCCGCCACAAAGGCAUACAUAAAGAACUUUUCCGCAGCUCUUAGAGCGGAAUAUUCCAAAUUUGGCAUAACUGUUCAACAUUUAUCGCCACUUUUUGUCAACACAAAAAUGAAUGCGUUUAGCCCGAGACUUCAGAUUUCAAAUAUAUUUGUGCCCGACACCACAACUUAUGCGAGAAACGCAAUUGACACUCUUGGCAAAAUAGACAGCAGCACUGGAUAUUGGGCUCAUAGUUUACAAAAAUUUGUUACCUUAACAUCACCUGUAUGGAUUAGAAUGAAAGUAGGAAAACUUUUGAAUGAAUACUUUAGACAAGAUUAUUUCAAACUGAAAAAACACGUAAAACUGCAAUAAUAUGUGCAUAUAUAAAGCACAUAAUGUUUUUAUAUUUACCUUAUGUAAAAGACGAAUUAAGUGAUUAUUUAUUGCUUUUUUAUAUAGAGUGGGUAUAAAAAUUACUACUAGCAUUCUAUAAUAUAUGUAUAUAUUCUAACGUGUAUUAAUUUUUACGGAGAUAUGACCAGUUACACAAACUAAUAAUA